ACCAUCCAGGCCUUUAAACACCGAUCAUACGUACGCACGGUCUGCCACAUGCACAACAUGCAGAGAAACCGAUGAACAGAAAUCAAUUACUCACUGCUGGACUGUCUGGAACCACGUGUUCCACGCUCGUCUGUUAAAUAAUCGCGUUUUCUGCGAUAUUUCCGAGCUCAGUCUCGUGGUCGAGCCGUCGUUCUCUGCCCUUGACGUCACGAGUUAUGAUUGGCUGCCCAGCAGCGGCCUGAGCGCUGAUUGGUUCAAAAAGCGCAAACACAACCCACGUGAUGCGGAAGUAGGCGCAAAUACGUGAUGUGUCAAAUUUGGUAAAAAAAAAAAACAACAAAAAACAAGAAACUGAACCUGCUACAUCGGAAACUGGAGCCAACGUUACUUUGCAUGAUAUCACGUUUUUAAGGUCCAAGACAGUCCUGUAAACCGCUUUUGCGAGUGUCAGAUGUCGUUAUGUGGCAGCUAGCCGCGCUAGCCGGUAGCUAAUUAAUCUCCCAGAUAUUUCCGACAAUCCAUUGAUUAAUCCAGCGAAACAGCGACAGCGGCAGGUGGUGAUACCGGACAGCCCUGACCUCCCCCACCUGCCUGCCAACCAGUAAGCGUGGUCUUUGUUUACCUGUCCUCAGGUCGUGAGCGGGGGAGGGCGGGGCCACACACGAGGAAGGAGGGAUGCCUGUGGAGGGUGGAAGCAGCAGCGGCUCUGCUUCAGCCGGACGUCACCCCAAGCAGAAGCGCAAGGCUCACAGCUUGUCUAUCCGGCGCACCAACAGCACGGAGGAGAGGCCACCAGGCAUCCUGAGAGGAGACAUGCUGGAGGGACAGGACUCCAAACUUCCCCUCGCCUUGCGCAACAAUCUCCUCGACCUGUUUGGCCAGAUCGAACGCGAGUUUGAAAAUCUCUACAUUGAAAACCUUGAAUUACGCCGGGAGAUCGACUCCCUGAACGAGCGUCUGACUGGAGAUGGACAGGCGGUCGAUGGAGGAGACCCCACCAAGGGAGCCCUGAAAGCAAAAGCCAGCCACAGCACCAGCCAGCUGUCGCAGAAGCUGAAGACGACCUACAAAGCCUCCACGAGCAAGAUCGUGUCCAGUUUCAAAGCCACUGCAGGUUCCCGGGCUCUGUGCCAGCUGCUCAGGGAGUACGUGGGCCACCGAGACGGGAUCUGGGACCUCAGCGUGACCCGAACGCAGCCAGUGGUGCUGGGCACUGCCUCUGCCGACCACUCAGCUCUGCUGUGGAGCAUAGAGACGGGGAAAUGUCUGCUGAGGUACGCCGGACACGCAGGAUCAGUCAACUCCAUCAAGUUCCACCCCACCGAGCAGAUGGCGCUCACAGCCUCCGGGGACCAGACGGCUCACAUCUGGCGCUACAUGGUGCAGCUUCCAGCGCCCCAGCCGCCCCCAGAUGUUAGCGUGCCGUGUGAGGAUGACCAGGACUCCUCGGACAGGGAGGAGGGCGAGGUGGACGGAGAGGGCCCCUGCGAGGUCCCCACGGUCCGGGUCGCUACGGCAACCCUAAAGAGCCACCAAGGUGUGGUGAUCGCGGCCGAUUGGUUGGUGGGAGGCCGACAAGUGGUGACAGCUUCCUGGGACCGCGCCGCCAACCUGUAUGAAGUGGAGACGUCUGAACUGGUUCACACACUCACCGGUCAUGACCAGGAGCUGACCCACUGCUGUACCCACCCAACCCAGCGGCUGGUGGUCACCUCAUCCAGAGACACCACGUUUCGACUGUGGGACUUCAGAGACCCGUCCAUCCACUCCGUCAACGUCUUCCAGGGACACACCGACACGGUGACGUCGGCCGUCUUCACGGUGGGAGACAACGUGGUGUCGGGGAGUGAUGACCGGACGGUUAAAGUGUGGGAUCUGAAGAACAUGAGGUCGCCGAUAGCAACCAUCCGCACCGACUCAGCGGUGAACAGGGUGAGCGUCUCUGCCAACCAGAGGAUCAUCGCGCUGCCGCAUGACAACCGACAGGUGCGGCUGUUCGACAUGAGCGGCGUGAGGCUGGCCAGACUUCCACGCAGCAACAGGAUGGGUCACCGGCGGAUGGUGUGCUGCACGGCGUGGAACGAGGAGAACCAGACCUGCAACCUCUUCACCUGCGGCUUCGACCGGCAGGCCAUCGGCUGGAACAUCAACAUCCCGGCGCUGCUGCAGGAGAAGUGACGCGCCUCCGGCUGACGCGCGCAGAAUCCCUCCAUGUACAUAAAACAUGGUCCACUCACACUGUACUCUGCGGCUUCGCACGUGCCGUUCAAGUCUCCCGUAUUCCCCGGCCUUUCGAAUGCCUGAACCAGAGGGGGUGAAGGACGGCGUUCAUGGUCAUAAUCUGGACUGCUGCUAUGAACAGGGGUGAGGAGCAGACGCCCCCUAGAGGCGGCGCUCUGCCCUGCAGCUGAGGGCGCGACUAAAGCCGGCGCCUGCGAAGCCGCAGAGCUUUAUCUUCUGACCCCUUUCUGUCUGCAUGGUUUGUGAAGCGUAUAAAGACGUGUUCCGGACGCCUCGUUUUGCAUGUUGAUGAUUUCAGUUUAGCAAUGUUACUUACUCACAAAGAAGUUGAAGAACAACCCAGAAAAGGCGGGACGGCCGUAGAAUAAUCUGUUCUGUAUAUAUGACGUUGUGGCCUGAUCAAGCGACCUGUGCAGCAGGUCAAACCCUGAACAAAACAUAUCACACUCGG